AUGUCGUCCAAGUUGGUGCUGCUGCCUACCCUCCUGGCUGCGGCCUUCGUGCUGCUUUGCGCUGCGCCUUCAUUUGUGUUUGGGGGGCAGCCGGCUACCACAAGCUCCCUGCGCACGGCGCGGUCGGCGGUGCCAGAAGCCUUGGAGCUGGAGACUUCCAUCUCGACUGCGUUGGAGGUGUCUACCCCGGGCUGGUGGGCCAACAUCGUCACCCUGGUGGUGCCCCUUGCGAUCCUCAUCACCCUGUACCUGCAGUCCGAGAGGCGCAAGUCGAUGGAGAAUCACCGUGCCAAGGCGCUGCUGAAUUGCUCUGAGGAUGUUGCACUGGCCGCCUAUGGUGCACCACUGCUGGUGCUGGGGCGCUUGGAGGGCGCAUUGACGCCGCCAGCUCCGGCCCAGGCCCCGGCCCCGACCGCUUGGUCAGUGAGCUUCUCCCAUGUCCACAUCUACUGCGACGAGUUGAAGGAGCUCUCGGAGUACAAGAGCCUGGAGAGCAAGCUCAACGAAUUCAACGCCGGGUGCGGCGACUUGGCCGCUGCGCGGCAGACUUGGCUGCGGCUCUGGGAUGGCAAGCCUGCAGUGGGGACAGAUCCAGCGCAGUGGAGAGGCCACGGCCAGGACGUGGUGGAGCAGAUGCUGGUGGGCCUGGGCUUUCGGGUCACAGGAUUCGGGCAGACCAGUGACACCCGCACCAUGGUGGUGACCAGCAAGGAUGCUGAGGGCGUGAAGUUCGUGAUCACCGCCCACGACAAGGUCAACGAGAGCCCGGCCAAGAGGCAGAAGACCGAGGCCUUCGACCAUUUGGACGCAAAGCACUUGGAGCGCUUUGCCCAGCAUCGGGCAGGACGGCAAGGCAUUGCCGUGCUGGGCUUCAAGGUCAAGCCGGGCGAGCUAGAUGGGAUUUGCAAGAGGUAUGCAGAGAAGCAUCCAAAGCUCUUGCGUGAGGGGAUGCCAAAGGAGUACCCAGGGGCAAAGAUCUUGGAGGUUUUCGCCUACUACCAGGGUGAGACGGGCACCAGCGACCAGGAUCCUGGCACGGUGCUCCGCUUUGUGGAGGGAGCUGAGGAUGCGGACUUUUGGGUGUUGCCCGGGCUGAAGCCCACGGCUGCCGCUUUCGACAGCUCCGCCGUGCCGGCCUACUGCGACCACUGGGUGAGCAACGUGGUGAGCCGCCGGGGCUUCCUGGACACGCUGGAGGAGACCUUAGGCUUCACCCCCAAGGUGGACUUCAACGCGGGGGUCGUGGCCGCAGGGGAGGCGCAGAUCGAGUCCACGGUCACGGGCAACGAGCCCGGCACCGUGAUCCCUGACCCGCAGAAGGCGCUGAAGGACCAGAGCCAGGUGUACCUGCCAAUCAACAAUGCCCUCUCAGAGGUUGGCCAUGUGCACCUUUACCUCAAGGAGAUUGGACAGGGAGUUCAGCACAUCGCGUCCAGAGUUGAGGACUUGCCCGCUCUGGUGCAGAAAGCCAACGACAUGCGAAAGAUCACUGGCGCUGGCCUGUCGUUCCUGUCAAUCCCGCGGUCCUACUAUGGCAGCCUUACUGCUAGGUACCUCUGCAGGGUCUCCGGGCUGGAGGAGCCCGCAGCCCAGAAGCUGGUGGCCGCGCUGAGAGGCGCCGGCCUGGUGGACGCCAAUGACAUUCUGGACCUGGAUGUCUCGCGAGAGCGGGUCCUGGAGGCUCUGCCCAGCGACAGCAAGGACCUGCUGGAGCAUGUCAUGCGUGCCCGCUACGGCAACCUCCACGCGCUGCUCAGAGACCACAUCAGCGAGGACGCAUACCUGCGCAUCGUGCGCAACAACGUGCUGGUUGAUGUGCAGGGCGAUGACCUUUUGCUGCAGAUCUUCACCAACAGCAUCCUUCAGCGUGCGGCUGGCGAGGAGGCGCCCUUCCUCGAGUUCAUCCAGCGGGUGUGCUCCGACAAGAAGGACCCGGUCACUGGCGAGGCGCGGCCCAUCAAGGCUGGCUGCGGUGGCUUCGGCAUUCGGAAUUUCCUCACCCUCUUCCUGUCCAUCGAGGUGUCCAAAGCCACCAGGGCCAGGGCGGAAGCUCAGGCAGCAGGGAAGACAGACCUGGUGCAGUACUACGGGCGCAUGGUCGACGCCUUCACCUCCCAGCUCGAGGAGUCCAACCCUGUGCUCACGGCCAUCAGCGACGCCAUGACCUUCGAGGGCGAGGCGCUGGAGGCCAAAGAUGCCGCCAAGGCGCAGCAUUGGGCGGAUGAGAAGGUGAAGGGCCAACAGCGCCUGCAGGAGAUCAGCAGUAAGUACAAGGACUUGAUGCGGACCCUGCGCGAACGUGCGCCUGAGAUGGCCUAG